AUGUCGAGUAUGGGCAAGUUUGUUCAGAGUCGCGAUCCAGACAAUGUCGAUAAUCACUGGGAUUCAACAUAUCUUGGUCGGCCGGCAACAGCCCAGAAGAUACACAAUGCCCAUGAGCGCAACGGCCAUCAUGUGUACGACACAGACACUGAGAGUUUUGAUGCAACUCGUACUUCUCUCGAUGACCACGACUACGCUGCUUCCGAUGACACUCAAGAUGGAGCAGACUACAACCAGUACGGCGAGCAGCCGUUUCAAGGACAUCAAGGACAUGGUCUUCCUGCGUCUGGUGAAGACCUCGAUGGCAUCGAUGGCUUAAUGGUGCAGAUGAGGAAAGACCUAGCUCGUCCUGGCUAUGUUGAGCCUGAAUCCUACCCUCCUACCACUUCUGGCGAACCAGACCCAGUCGAGGACUUUUCGGAUGGAGUCGAUGUUGAGCAUCCACAAGCCCAAUUCCGUGCUGAGCAGCUGCGUGAUGUUUACAAGAUCAAAGACCCACAGAGACAUGUUGCUUCCCCUACUUUGGUCAUCCAGUCCCGCAAGGAGGACUUCAAAGUCGCAACCAAAACAACCAUAAGUCAGAAAGAUGUACAGAACCNNAGAAGAAAUCGCAGACCAAGACACAACAACCGGUCUCUCAGCCUGUGGCCAAACNAUGAUCCAGAGCAGUUUCAGGCUCCCGCUCAGAGAGCCGCAAUCCACAAGUCCGCUGCACGAGUUCCCGACAAACAACCUAACCAGGCACAUCGACAACCUUCUCAUGUUCAGAACGCAAAAGCCAAUCACCGUCAACAGCAAGUCAGCGAAGCUGACCAUCAUCAUCAGCAGUAUGUGAGAAGGGCCAAUCAUCAAGAACAGCACCUCAAUGGUUUCGAUCAUCAUCAACAACAGCAACAGCACAGGACCGAAGAGUCUCCGGAGGAGAACUACGAACAGAACACGCAUUCAGAAAACCUCGAUCAUGGCCUAGAAGAGUUGUACGCCAAGGACUUUGAUGAACUGCAGAAAGAACCUUUCGAUGGACCGCUUCGUGAGNGGGUCCACGAAGCUCCGUCUGACCCUUCGAAACCACUCGGCGAGAGACUUGCAUCUGCUCACAGACUCGAUGUCCCCAGUCAGAAAGAGCUCUUUUCUUCGUUGAGCAUUGAGGAGUGGGAAGAGGCCGGAGACUGGUUCCAAGAGCGCUUUUCUAAGGUCUUUGGAAAGCUCAAAGCUGCACGUAAAAAGAGGCGCAACCUGGCUUCGGAGUUCGAGAAACGCGUCGCCGAGAGGCAGCAAGCGCUCACCAAGAAGAGAANNAAGAUUACCGACGAUGCACUGUUAGAGAUGAAGAAGUCGGGAAGCCAGGUUCUGNGGGGUACGCCAAAGAAGAAGCAAAAAUUCACGGAGUGA